UACUACUGCAGGGUGCCCUACUGGCUGUGGGGGCAGAGCCACACCGUGGAGUCGCGGCGUGUCAACGUCACCAUCUUCUACCCCACGCAGAACCUGAUGCUGCAGGUCUCGCCGUCCCCGGCGCUGGUGAAGGAGGGGGACGACGUGAAGAUGGUCUGUGAGGCCGACGGGAACCCAGCGCCCGUCUUCAGCUUCUACAAGAGAGGGCUGCAGGACAGCUGGCAGGACCUGACGUCGCUAGCGGACACCAACAGCGGGGUGCUGAACCUGCAGGAUGUAACGAGGAGCAGCAGUGGCCUGUAUAGGUGCCAGACCCUCGACCUGGAUGAUAUGAGACAGCUGGAGAAAGAUGUGGAGCUUGUUGUGAACUAUAUUGAAGGGGUCAGCGUCAAGAUGGAGCCGUCCUCACCCCUUUGGGAAGGGGACAGCGUGAAGCUGAGCUGCAACGCCGACAGCCCUGUGGCCCUCGACUUCCAGUGGAGGGAUGCGAGGGGCAGGAAGGUUGCAGAGGGGAAACAACUUCUCCUGAGCAACCUCACCUUCGAAACCUCCAGCAACUUCAGCUGCAAGGUGUCUGCGCACAGCGUGCCCGGGCUGGAGAAGAGCAAGCAGGUGGCUGUGGCUGUCCAGGGGGAGCCGCGGAUCGUGUCCAUCAGCUCACCGCUCUACGUGCGGCAGGACGAGGUGGUGAACCUGACCUGCAAGGCCAUCGCUUUCCCCCGGGCCUCCGUGCAGUGGAACAUCAACGGGACGGCUCACGAGUACGUGGAGAAUCAGCACGUCACCAGCAACCUGACAGUGCGUGUGGACCACAACCUGCUGCAAGCAGGAGCCAUGUGCAGGGUCUCCAAUGCGCUGGGCACCAGUGAGAAGCACAUCCAACUGCUCGAUCGCAAGACACCAGAGAGCAAAGGCAUCAUCAUCGUGGCCAUCAUUGUCUGCAUCCUCGUGGUGGCUGUGCUGGGGUCUAUCAUCUACUUCUUGCACAAGAAAGGCAAGAUCUCGUGUGGCCGCGCUGGGAAACAGGACAUCACAAAGCCAGAGGCACGUAAAGACAAGAUUGUAGUUGACGUUAAGUCAGAUAAACUUUCCGAAGAGGCGGGGCUCCUGCAGGGUACCAACGGCGAGAAGAGACCUGCCGCUGACCAGAGCGAGAAAUACAUCGAUCUGAGAAAGUAGAGAGAGGAAUCCACAAAGUGCUUUCUUCCUUCAAACCUUUCCUGCUCCUGGAUUGCCUUGUCCCAUCCCCGCUCCAGCGCCUGGGGCGCACGGCCAGAGACGUUUCCCGCAGCGCAGCGCUGAGCCCGCGACGCGCGGAGCAACACCUCCCUGACCGACUGUGCGUCACCUCCACCGACGGCUUGCAGGUUGUUGACUUAGCAGCAGCAGCGACCUUGGAUUCACUUACUGCCACAGAGAAGUCGACAGCGAUGUUUGUUAGAAAGAAAUAUCCCAUUAAGCUACCCAAUGGAAGGAUUUGAGCCUUUGUCAGGAAACCUGUUCUGUACAAGUGUGGGAAGGUGGUGGUUGGUGGUUUUUUUUUUUUUUUUUGGAUGCAUUUUUUUUUUCUAACCCCAAACCUGCUCAGAAAAGCUGGCUAGGUUUCGCUUUUACUCAGCGCUCCCCUUGGGAGGGCCCGCUCACCUUAGCUGUAGCAGCGUGCAGGUAAGUUGUGAAGCAUGCCGGCAGGGCGAGUGACAGCCGGGUUUGCCCGGCCGCCUCGAGGAGGCGGGAGUGGUGUUAGUUCUCCGCUUUUCCUGCGGACGGGUCUCGUCCGGCCGGUGUAGCCCAGCCCGCCCUGGCGGUGCUGCGCAG